CAGUUCACUGAUUAAUAUCAUCGCCCGAAGGUGGAGACCUUUUGCUAAGUUAUGCGGGUGGCAGUACGAGUUUUGUAUCUAACUCGACCUGAACGUGUGCUACUCUGAGUUUACAGUAAACGUCAGCGCUGUGAUUGAGAAGCAGGACGCGCCCUGCCUGUCCUAUGGGCUGAACCUGAGCGAGGUGACGCGUGGAAGGAAGCGACGCCAUGCGCUCAGUCCACUCGACACUGCUCACAUCACCUUAGCGUCACAUCACGACAUAUCAGCCAGAAAGCCAGGUUUAUCCACACGGCAGUCGUGUGGUUUAGGUUUAUUCUAGCUAGCUGCACAUUCGAUAGCUUAAGAGGUGCCUGCUGUGUUUGUAUCAUCCCUCCUGUGACAGAAAAUGCUCGAGUGUCUCUGUGGGAACUGGUGCUUGCGUCUGAUUGAAGGAAACAAAUCGACGUGCUAUUUUCUGCUCUUGCUCCUUGCCUAUGUGUUAUAUCUGAUUUUUGGGGCUGUAGUUUUCUCUCUGGUGGAACUGCCGUAUGAGGACCUGCUUCGACAAGAGCUUAGCGCCGCUAAGCAGCAGUUUCUGCGGGAGAAUGAAUGCUUAUCCGAGGAGAAACUGGAGGCUUUCUUGGCCAGAGCGCUGGAGGCGAGUAAUUACGGUGUGUCAGUCUUAAAGAACAACUCCACCAACUGGAACUGGGAUUUCACCUCAGCGCUGUUUUUCGCAAGCACAGUGCUCUCCACGACAGGGUAUGGCCACACGGUGCCCCUGUCAGAUGAGGGAAAGGCCUUUUGCAUCUUCUACUCUGUGGUUGGGAUCCCAUUCACCCUCCUGUUCCUGACCGCAGUGGUGCAGAGGGUCAUGGUGUUCAGCACUCGACGGCCUGUGGCCUUCGUACAGCGCCGCUGGGGUCUGUCCAAGUCUCUGGUGACAGGUGUGCAUGCGUUUGUGCUAGCCAUCAUCAUGGUCUCCUGCUUCUUCCUCAUCCCUGCUGUAAUCUUCUCUGUGAUGGAGGAGGACUGGAACUUCCUGGAGUCGUUCUACUUUUGCUUCAUCUCACUCAGCACCAUUGGCCUGGGUGACUACGUGCCAGGAGAGGGCUACAACCAGAAGUUCAGGCAGCUCUAUAAAAUUGGAAUUACUGUCUAUCUGUUACUGGGCCUAAUCGCCAUGCUGGUGGUUCUGGAGACAUUGUGUGAGCUUCAACAGUUGAAGAAACUAAGGAAGAUAUUCUAUCUCAAGAAAGAGAGAUCGGAAGACCAGCUUACAAUCAUGGAACAUGAUCAUCUCUCUUUCACAUCUAUGUCUGAUCAAGGAGGCCCAGUCAGAGACUAUAAGACAGAUCUUUCCCCUGACAUAUCCCCAAUAGCAGCCAGUGAUUCUCCUGUCGUUAGGUAAGGUCCUAAGCAAUAGUCAGAUUUAGAUAGUCAGUGAUCAAAUGCUUCUGAAUUAGAUUAGUGGUACUUGAAAUAAUGGUUGGACUACAUGCCAACUUUUACAAAAUGGACAUAUGAUUGUAGAAGUCAUAGUAUAGCUUGUCAUUGUGUAAUAAUAAAUUAUUAGACAGGAGAUAAAUCAUGUAAAAUCUUGAAAUUGUUAGUAGACUUUAAUUUGUUCUUAACUUUUAGGUAUUAAAUAUCUAUAGGGAUAUAUAGAGUAUCAUAUAGUAAGUUAAAGGAUUUAAAAGGGAUACAAAUUGGGAUAUGUACCUAGGCUAUUGAUUGUCAUUAAUACGAAAUCAAUGUCAUCGACCAUUCUAUGAAUGUGUACUGAUAGAGGUACCUAAUUAAGCACUUUUUUCCUGUGUUUGUAUACAUGUUACCAGUGCCACAACUGUAACUGAGCUUUAAUUAUGCAUAUAAAACCCUAGUCAAAAGUUUGGGCACACAUACUCGGAGAGGGUUUCUUAACUUGUAUUAUUAUUCGCAUUUAAUAAUAACAAAGUCACCAGAAUUAUGAAAUAAGAUGUAUGGAAUUAUGCAGUAACCAUUAAGUGUUAAACAAAUUACAAGUACAAUGUUUUAGAUUCUUUGUAGCCUUGAUCUCAACUUUAGAUACUCUUCACAUUCCCUCAGUCUUAACGUUCCCACAUGCUGAGGACUUGUUGGCUGCUUUUUCUAAAUGUGCUAAUUGAAAACUUUUUUUUUGUGUGUGUGUGUGUGGGGGGUAUUAAAAAUAGUUUUUAAUUUUUCUUUUGGUAAGUGAAUUCAUACAUAGCCAAAUCAUUAAUUUAAGAUGAAUUAUAAUUUAAGAACUUUAAGAUGAAUUAUGUUUCAAGCAUAAGCCUAUAGAUCAAAAAUGUAUUUAAGAUCAUAAGAAACUUAAACGAGCAUUUAGGUCCUAACAUCACUAACACAUCAAGUGUAUCCAAACAUUUGACUGUGGCCUUACUGUUGUCUCAUUAAGGUAGUUAAUUCAUGUCCUGAGUAAAUACAGACAGGUUGUUAAUGACAUCAUGCAAUAUAGGCACAUCUGUAAAAUAUAAGCACAUCUGUAAAGCAGAAAACGCUAGUCAUAUAAAUAUAUAUAGGUGAAAACAGACCACAUAUCCUGGAUUCAUAUAUGAUUUGCGUUAACUGAAAAAGGCUGGAUUCUCAUGCUGUAUUAGCUGAUGUUGCAGCAGUAUAUACUGUACUUGCUCCCUUGAGGGCACUGUUUUGCAUUGUAUUAGGAGAAUGAUGAAGGACUGUAUCAGGUUUACAGACUCCGUGGGAAAUUGUGGUGAUGAAGACUGCAGCUUGAAGCCACAAUUCCCAUGAUUGGGAUAAUACAUAAACCUUUUUUGCAAUCUGUCUGUGUAAUGUUUGUCACAGUACUGAUACUUGUAUGUUACAGUUCCUGAAGACAGGGUAUUGAAGAAUCACUGCUACUAAAUUCAUAUGUUAAUUUUGUAUGUUGGAGUUAGUGUUUGUAAAUCCUCAAUAUUGUGAAUAAAAUGUGCUGAAAUUUAAAACUGUAA